AUGCUAGAGGAUCUAGAUCACAAGCGCCUAGUGAUCUGCGGUGAUUCCAUCUUAGUGAUCCGACAACCGAAGGCCUUUGACCGUCUGAAGAAAUGGAGCGAUCAUGAACUAGUGCAUGUGAAGCUAGAUUGGAAUGGGAGUGCUGACAGCCUGGCGAGUGCCACUUUGCAACGACAAGACGGGAUCGAGGUCCAGGGAGGUCCCGGGUACCAGGAUCUGGUCACUCUGAACCGGUUAGACGAAACCUUGAUCCCCAGGACCGAGAAACCAGUGCGGUUACCACUCGAGCUGCUCGAGCAAGAUCACCUGCGGGUGGCAUGCAAGAAAUCUGAUCCGGGAGAUGCGGGUCGAUCGGAUCAAGCAGGCUCAGGAGGAGGAAGUCUGGAUCGCGGGUAUGAAGAAAUAUCUGAGUGGCUCGAUCGCCGACCUCACCCAAGCAUAAGCAAGAUCAUCGUGGUCGACUAUGAGGUGGAUAAACAAGAUCUACUCUUUUAUUGCCAACCCAACCCGAGAUCGGGGGACGAUCACGAUCGGUUGCUGAAACUGGUGGUGCCCAAAAUGUUGCAAUCCGACCUCUUAAACCACUAUCACACCACGCUGGAAGGAGGACAUCAGGGAGUGGGACGUACCUACCAGCGGACCAGGGAUCACUUCUACUGGAGAGGAUUAUAUCGGAGUGUUCAGCGAUAUGUGGGGGAAUGA